GGCCUACAUUUCCUUUGAAGUCGCCGUAAGGUGGGUUUUAUGUAAACAACUUUCCUUCUCUUUCUUUUUUUUUUUUUGCCAAUCAAUGGAAGUCAACUAUAUUGCAAUAUAUGACGAUAGCCCUAGUGCUAAAUAUGUAUAUGUAUCUGACAGUGUACAAGAAGUACUUGGUUAUUCACCUAAUGAAAUGGUUGGAACUGAAGGUUACAUACUGACACAUCCCGACGAAAGAGAAGCAUUGAGAAUAAUUCAUACGUUUAAUUGUACAAAUCAACGAGUCUCUUGUAUUGUCACCAAUCGAAUACUACAUAAGGAUGGAUAUUAUGUUACCUUAGAUACUGUGGUCAAUUACUGUUAUAAUGUAAUUGUCUGUACAUGUUUUGUCUCUAAUAGCGCACGGAAGCGGAAAAUGAGAACUAUUUCAGCAGAUGCGAACUAUGUUAUUCAGCCUGAUGGUAGCAUACAAACAGAAGCCAAGAUUCCAUCCAACAUCAGCUGGACAAACUUUAUUCAAGAGCCUCGAUUUUGUUUAAUUUUGAAUAGAUACUCAGAGCAAGCCUAUAUUGUAUUUGCUACUAGCCAGUGUGAAGAUAUGGUCUGUUUGAAUCAGAUAGAAAGCAUUGGGACAUCCCUUUAUGAUUACGUCGCUCGAGAGGAUUAUGAGCUUGUGAAGGAGCAGAUUGAAGUAACGAAAAGUGAAGAUAUAAUUGCCAAAGUGAAAUUUAGAUGGUUGAUACCAAAACAAGAACCUCAGACUCUUGAAGCUGUGAUCAGUAGUACUUAUGAUGGGCUAGUGAUGGUUCUACGAUUUACGAAUACGUAUCUAUACCCUGUUUAAAUGUGAAAUCAUACUUAGAAACUUGUCUUUUUGUUUUUCCAUGAAAAUAAAUCUCUUUAAACACACGCAUUUAGCAUUUUGAGAAUAGAAAGUAAAUAAUGAUAGAAGACAUACUUAAGGUAUUAGGUGUAUUAUGUCCCUUAUAGGUUAAGGAUGCUACUGUCAGAGGUAUCGUCUAAUUCCUUGCUGGUUGAUUACCUCUAGUAGAUCAUCAUGUUUAAUAAGAUAUAUAUAUGACAAAUAAACCCCCAGGACUAAUCAUGCAUCACUGGUAUUGCUCCACAGGGAACAUGGCAAUUUAACAGGUAGUCUUGAACAAUUUAGAAUUCCUUAUUCAUAUGUAAGAAGAGGUAUUACUUGGUAUGUUGCUUGUUUCUACUACCUUUCUACAGAUUAUCCAUAACCUUGUUAAACGACUG